CGCGAGCCCAUUCAUCUGUGCACUUGGGCGUUGGACCUCGCAUCUUAUUAGCAACCAGGGAGAUUUCUCCAUUUUCCUCUUGUCUACAGUGCGGCUACAAAUCUGGGAUUUUUUUUAUUACUUCUUUUUUUUUUAAAAAAAAAAUUACACUUGGGCUCCUUUUUUUGUGCUCGACUUUUCCACCCUUCUUCCCUCCCUCCUGCGCUCCUGCUUCUUGAUCUCUUCGACUAAAAUUUUUUUAUCUGGAGUGUAUUUAAUCGGUUCUCUUCUGUCCUCUUCACCACCCCCACUCCCCCCUCCCUCCGGUGAGUGUGCUGCUGCUGCCGCCGCCGCCGCUGCUGCUGCCGUUGCUGCUGCUCGCCCCGUCGUUACACCAACCCGAAGCUCUUUGUUCCCCCCCUUGGAUCUGUUGAGUUUCUUUGUUGAAGAAGCCAGCAUGGGUGCCCAGUUCUCCAAGACCGCUGCGAAAGGAGAAGCCGCCGCGGAGAGGCCCGGGGAGGCGGCUGUGGCCUCGUCGCCUUCCAAAGCGAAUGGGCAGGAAAAUGGCCACGUGAAGGUAAACGGCGACGCUUCUCCCGCGGCCGCCGAGCCGGGCGCCAAGGAGGAGCUGCAGGCCAACGGCAGCGCCCCGGCCGCCGACAAGGAGGAGCCCGCGGCCGCCGGGAGUGGGGCUGCGUCGCCCACCGCGGCUGAGAAAGAUGAACCGGCCGCCGCCGCCCCCGAGGCCGGGGCCAGCCCCGCGGAGAAAGAGGCCCCCGCGGAGGGCGAGGCGGCCGAGCCCGGCUCACCCACAGCCGCCGAGGGGGAGGCCGCGUCGGCUGCCUCCUCGACGUCUUCGCCCAAGGCCGAGGACGGGGCCACGCCCUCGCCCAGCAACGAGACCCCGAAAAAAAAAAAGAAGCGCUUUUCCUUCAAGAAGUCUUUCAAGUUGAGCGGCUUCUCUUUCAAGAAGAACAAGAAGGAGGCAGGAGAGGGCGGUGAGGCUGAGGGCGCAGCCGGCGCCUCGGCCGAAGGCGGCAAGGACGAGGCCCCUGGGGGCGCUGCCGCGGCCGCCGGCGAGGCAGGCGUGGCCUCCGGGGAGCCGGUGGCGGCGCCGGGCGAGGAGGCGGCCGUGGGCGAGGAGGGGGCGGCGGGGGGCGACGCGCAGGAGGCCAAGCUCGAGGAGGCCACCGUCGCGCCCGAGAAGCCGCCCGCCAGCGAGGAGGCCAAGGCCGCAGAGGAGCCCACCAAGGCGGAGGAGAAGACCGAGGAGGCUGGGGCCAGCGCCGCCGCCAGCGAGGCGCCCUCGGCCUCCGGGCCCGGCGCACCCCUGGAGCAGGAGGCGGCCCCGGCGGCGGAGGAGGAGGCGGCGGCCGCAGCGUCGUCAGCCUGCGCAGCCCCCUCACAGGAGGCCCAGCCCGAGUGCAGUCCAGAAGCCCCCCAAGCGGAGGCGGCAGAGUAAAAGGGCAAGAUUUUUUAAGAUAAUCGAAGAACUUUUCUCCCCCCGUUUGUUUGUUGGAGUGGUGCCAGGUACUGGUUUUGGAGAACUUGUCUACAACCAGGGAUUGAUUUUAAAGAUGUCUUUUUUUAUUUUACUUUUUUUUUAAGCAGCAAAUUUUGUUUUUUUCCCCCUCCCCACAGAUCCCAUCUCAGAUCAUUCUGUUACCACCAUUCCAACAGGUCGAGGAGAGCUUAAAUACCUUCCUCUGCCUUGUUUCUCUUUUAUUUUUAUUUUUUUGCAUCAGUAUUAAUGUUUUUUGCAUACUUUGCAUCUUUAUUCAAAAAUGUAAACUUUCUUUGUCAAUCUAUGGACAUGCCCAUAUAUGAAGGAGAUGGGUGGGUCAAAAAGGGAUAUCAGAUGAAGUGAUAGGGGCCAGGAUGGGGAAAUUUAAGUGGUGCAUAACAUUGCCAAGAUAAUGUACCACUAGAAAUGAUGGUGUAAAGGCUUAGUCUUUUUUUUUUUUUAAGAAAAGUUAUUACGAUGUAUUUUGUGAGGCAGGUUUACAACACUACAAGUCUUGACUAAGAAGGAAAGAGAAAAAAACACCAAUACCCAGAUUUUUAAAAAGAUCAUAGUCUUAGGAGUUCAUUUAAACCAUAGGAACUUUUCACUUAUCUCAUGUUAGCUGUACCAGUCAGUGAUUAAGUAGAACUACAAGUUGUAUAGGCUUUAUUGUUUAUUGCUGGUUUAUGACCUUAAUAAAGUGUAAUUAUGUAUUACCAGCAGGGUGUUUUUAACUGUGACUAUUGUAUAAAAACAAAUCUUGAUAUCCAGAAGCACAUGAAGUUUGCAACUUUCCACCCUGCCCAUUUUUGUAAAACUGCAGUCAUCUUGGACCUUUUAAACACAAAUUUUAAACUCAACCAAGCUGUGAUAAGUGGAAUGGUUACUGUUUAUACUGUGGUAUGUUUUUGAUUACAGCAGACAAUGCUUUCUUUUCCAGUCGUCUUUGAGAAUAAGGAAAAAAUCUUCAGAUGCAAUGGUUUUGUGUAGCAUCUUGUCUAUCAUGUUUUGUAAAUACUGGAGAAGCUUUGACCAAUUUGACUUAGAGAUGGAAUGUAACUUUGCUUACAAAAAUUGCUAUUAAACUCCUGCUUAAGGUGUUCUAAUUUUCUGUGAGCACACUAAAAGCGAAAAAUAAAUGUGAAUAAAAUGUACAAA